AUGACUUGCGCCACUUUCGACAACGCGCGCCUCGCCGAGACCAACUUCAAGGACGCCGUGGCGGCGAGGGCGAGCUUCGUGCGCGCGGAGCUGGACCGCAGCUCCUUUGAAGCGACCGUGCUACCGCACGCAAACUUCUCAGGCCCGCUCUCGCGCGCGAAGCUCGAGUACUCCAGCCUGCGCCACACGACCUUCGACGGGGCGGACCUCUCCAGCGCCAGCUUCGUCGAGAGCGACCUCAGCCACGCGAGCUUCUUCGGCGCGACCGGCGUGUCGACGGCCCGGUUUGACCGCGUGCUGGGCAUGAACACCGUGAAGGGUCUCGACCGCAAGACCCUGGCCGCGGCGCUCCUCUUGCAGGGCUGA